GGCUGGCGUCGGCGCCUCCUCUCAGUUUGGAGAGUCUCAGUGUAUUUUCAGUCGUUCGCUGUUUACAGAGACUUAAACCUGAUCCUGAUCCAGUCCUCUGCAUGGGAGACCUCCUCGCAUCUAAGAUGAGCAGUUUGCGGGCAUGUAAAGGACCGUUUGACGGAACCAGCUCUGAACCGGUGGAGGACACAGACACCACCAACUUCGUGGCAGAAUUUUCCCUGGAGGCCAAUUAUCCAGUGCAAGUGACAGAUCCUCAUGCAGGUGCUGUGACGCUCCACCUGAGUUCCAUGCCGUCUGGAUAUCUGAGCCCCUCCUCAGACAGAAUAAGACAGCCAGUUGAAGAUGAAGAAUGCACCUGCCCAACAUCUACUUCACCAGACUACCCCAAAGAACUGCAGCUAUUAAACAGCCCCUGUGAAAAGUGUUGCUUCCCAGCUCCACCCCCCAAGAUCAGCGACCUCAUGAACGACAAAGAUCUGCUGGACUUACUGCGACUCAAACUGGAUCCAAACCACUGCACCAUCAAAAACUGGAAGAACUUUGCAAGUCGCUGGGGGAUGAGCUAUGACGAACUGACCCUGCUGGAGCACCGGACCCAGGGCUCGUUGUCCCACAGCCCCACCCAGGAGUUCCUGCUGCGCUACAAUGAGAAAACGGUCACUGAGCUCACUGAACUUUGCCGCAUCUACCAGCGCAUUGACGUACUGCGACUACUGCAGAGCUGGAUAGAGAAGGACUGGCCAUCUCGGUGGCAACAGACUCAGUGACCAGUUUGACUAUAUGUGUAUUUAUCUUUCUGUCAGGGUUCUACUUGUUAGGAUUUUCUUCCUCUUCCUGAGCUUGGGCACAUGGCACCACAUUUUUAGUAGCUUAAAAAAGGUCUUAAAAAAGGUAAAACAUUGACUUACAACAGGAAACUUCCUGUGGAGAAUGUCAGCACCAUUGGGUGCAGGUUGCACAGUAUCUCACAGACAGUUUAGCACUUACUCACAUUCUACUGGUCUGUUGCUCCAGACUGAAACAUCUCAACAAGUACACAGAUCUCCAUGAACAAUUGUACAGAUCUCCAUGGUGACUGGAUACAUCCUCUUCAUCUAGCAGGACUAAAUUGUCAGCAACAUGUACUUUACACAUUGGUACAGAAUUCAUUGCAGACAUUUAUGGUUCUCAGACUAUGACUCUGUUGAUGUUUUUGAGGUGAACUACUCGGAUGGUUUCUAUGAAAUGUAGUAAACACUUUCAUGUCCUUCUCUGGAUGAGGAAAAUGUCAGGAGAUCACCACAUUUUUGACAUGGUGAUCUCCUGACAUUUUCUUUAAUCAUCAGGUCAAAGUUUUAAU